AAACCAGACUCUUCUCGUCAACAUUUAUCAUUUAAAAAAGAAAAAGUAAUCUCGUCUUCUUCGUUCUCUCUCUCUUCCUUUCAAAAUCCUUGUUUCACUUCGUUUUUCUAAGACCGACGAACCCUAAAAGCGACGACACCAUAUUCGAUCUUAUCUCUCUAUCUCUCACAGCUUUCUAUUUCGUUACCAAACCAGACUCACUUUGUUUCUCCAUCCUCUGGCCAUGGUGAAAUCGAAGUCGAAAAGAAAAGGGAAGCUCAAAAGUCAAUCGUCUCCACCGCAGAACGAAAUCGGAGGUUCCAACGAGGUUGAUGUCCGACUUCCAGAGAGACUGUUCGCUACUGACCGGUUCCCUAGCAAGCGUCUUAACAUCUACUCCUCCCCAGACAUUCUUGCUUUCAUUCGACAUCAGCUCCGAGACUCGCCUGAGUUUGAUACGAUCAGGAAGUCCCCUUUUGGAAAGCUUUUUGACCUUCCUGCCCGCCAAUGCCCUGUGUCUUGUAAGCUUAUCCAUGGUUAUCUCUCUCGACAGUUGUUAGGACAACCUGAUCUUACUCUUUGGUCCGCUUUCGGUGGUCAUCCCACAAGAUUUGGGCUUGAAGAAUUUGGUACAGUCACUGGCCUCCGCUGUGGGCCUUUCCCUGUUGGCUAUCACCUAUCUACUGUCCAAAAGAAGGAAGAUGCGAAAGGCAAAACUUGGAAGAAACUCUUCGGGAACAAGAAGAAUGUAACCAUCGCUUCCCUCUGCAGACAGCUUGAAAGGGAUGGAAGAAGUGUUGGGAUACCGAAAAUGUCGGGAUGGAAGAAGUUACGCCUCGCGUUGAUCAUCAUUGUGGACGGUGUCCUGAUUGCGCACAAACAAGUUCCGCAACCAACUCCUCGGUACGUCCGCAUGCUUGAACACCUCCCAUCCUUCUUCCAGUUUCCUUGGGGCAGAGAGUCCUUCCUCAAGACAAUCUUAUGCAUGAAACCACCAAAGUUUGACCCCAUAAAAUGUCCUGAUCCUGUAAAGAAACUUGUGCGUAAGCUCAAGCAGCGAACCUUUAGGCUUCAGGGUUUCCCCCUCUCACUUCAGUUGGUUGCCUUCCGCGCUAUUCCUCAGCUUUUGUCUUACAUACAUGCUGAGGACGACCAGCUCACCAUCAUGGAUCUCCAAGAAGGACAUCUGCCCCAGCACCCCUCCAUCAACAAGCGAGACAUUCUCUGUGCUGAAUUUGACCCUAAUCUUUCUGUCACUCCAAUUAUAGAAAUUGAGAGACAAUCUGAAGAUGGAUGGGGUGUCUGGCCAAACGAUCCAAGUGAUGAACGUAUCGCAUACAUGGAACAGCUUAUUCAAGAUAGUCAACCCUUCAACAAGGCGAUGUGGCCAGGCGGUGACACUUCACAGACAGUCGCUCAAAAGCCAACAGAUAUCAAGAAGAAAUCUCGUCGCUUGAAGUCUUCACUCAAACCAAAGCCGUCAGCCAAGAAACAAAGGCGCAUUAGUUCGUACUUUACGCGAUCCACCGCCAAUUCAUUCACAAACCAACAGCUUGCAGACAUCGUGCUUGAAUUAUCUGCCCAUGUUACUACACUGAGAUCUCAGAUGAAACGUUUGCUGAAGUUGUUGCCCGGGGAAAAAAACUUCACUCAACAUAGGCAGUCAGCUUUCAACGUUUUGCUUGCUAGGCGCAAGAAAAAGAACUCAGCCAAGGGACUCAAAGUCUCCUCUCACGAUGAUCCCCUAGCUACAGCAGAUGUUCCUCUCCAGGAUCCUCCAGCAGUGAAAACUGAUGAUCCGCUCUCCCAUACAUCAAAGGACGAUCCCCCAGCUGAUCCCUUCUUCACAGAAACACUUGGACAAAGGGGAACUGAGGAUCCUACAUCUCACACAUCAAAGGCGUUUAUGCAUCCUACAUCUCCUCAACGCUUCGUUACAGUAGACGAACCUCUCCAGCAGACCUCUGUACCAAUGGAUACCGACGAUCAUCCUGAACCUCUGUCCCCAAUAAUUAGCCAGUAUGCAGCUCACCUUCACGUUAUCUCCUCCUCCACCCACCCGCCUUCUGUCCACGAACAAACAACCCAACAGUCUGAAAAUGUCCAUGUCCACGGAGGUACUCAGGAGAUUCUCACCAACCCCGAGAAGAUCAUGCUCGAUAAAGUCAUGCGGUUGCCCAUGUUCCAAACAGCCUCCGAAGUAUACGACGCUAAAAACCAUCCAGACAGUCCACCUUUCCAUCAUGUCCUCUAUCAGGGACUUCGGAUUUACGAACCCCUAAGUCCAGAUCCACCAGCCACUCUCCCACCAAUAUACGAUUCCUCAGCACCUCAAGCUUCUGGCCAACUUAUAAGCCCUACUCUCCCGCCGAUAUUCGACUCCUCAGCCCCUCCACCUUCUCCAAUACGCCAGUUCCUCCUCACGUCUCCUCAACCUACAACACCCCUCACAUCGCCAAGCAAGAGUUCAGAGAAUCUGUCUGGGUUCGCAGUGCAUGCAUCAACACCUAACGCUUUUGCUUCUACAGCUGCGUCUAAAUCACCUGAUCCUGAGAUACAGCUAAGUGACGAUGAUUUUGUGGACCUUAGGCAAUCUUCUCCAUGCAGGAGGCAUGUUCCGUCCUUAGAGGAACGCCACCUUGCAGAUGCAUUAUUCAGAGCACCACUGAUCCCUGCUCUUGCCCUCAUCACUCCUCUUCCCAAGAUCGAAUGGGAGCUUUUCAACAGAACUUUAUCGAAUCAUAUGAACGUGUACCACAUAACACCAUCCACUUUUGAGUUCUCAAACAAACUCAUGUUGGACCUUGCCAAACAAAAGCUCCACAUAUCAACACUACAUAUGGAUAUACUAGUGUACAUGCUGUCUGGGAGACACAGGGAAGUACUUGCACGAGAAAACGCCACCUUGAUCGCACCCUACCUUCCCAGUUACCUGUCUGAAAUCUGGCCGAAGUUCAAACGUAACAAGGGCAAGUUCAAAUGGGGACAGAAACUUUGUGAUCUCGUCCUCUCUCCUGGAAAAAAAUGGAUGGAAGACAUACAAACUGUCUACACCCCUAUGCUCUUGAACAACAACCACUGGGUUGCCCUUGCUAUCAACCUCGACAUGGGAUACGUAGAAGUCAUGGACCCCCUCCCUUCACUCUACUCUGAUCGUAGACUGGCAAGAUUUCUGGAGCCACUUCUAGGGACAUUGCCUUACAAUGUCAAGAAGGUUGCAAUGUAUGAGCAGACACAGUUCUCGGGUCUCAAGCCUUUUGUAUGGAAGCGUCUUACGGAUCUAUACGUCAACACAAGAUCAGGAGACUGCGGACCAGUAAGCAUGAAGUUCCUUGAAAUGCACGCUCAUGGAGACCCUGCACCUCACAUGUCUGGCAUAACCGACGCAACUGUGGACGACAUUAGGAAGCAAUACGCUAUGGACAUCUACAAGACCAUCGUGCUCCCCUCCUACCAUGCUCCAAAUUUCCCAUCCAUUAUCUAGGCCCUAACGUUCUGGCCUAACUAUCUUUUGUUGCUCUUUUUCAAAACAUGUUGUGUUAGAACGAAAACAAUGUCAGAGUUUUUGUAGGUGACUGCCCUGACCUACCAAGGUGCAAACAUUGUCACUUGGGUGUUUUUUUUUCAAACUCAUUUACUACCUAAGUAUCGGUGCCAAAAUCUUUGUUUUCAUAAUCGUGUUCAAACAAAUAUUCAUGUACACGAACACCUUCAUUGAAAUGUUCGUACGAACACAGCUAUAGAGUCCACGUCCGCUAAUUUCAAAUCUGGGCUAAGAGUUUAGAAAACCAAAACUAACCAAAGUUUCCAAAAAUGAUUCAAUUCAAACUAUUUCGGUUUAAUUUAACAAACCUGCGGGUCCACAUCUCGGUUUACUCACUAUCUUCUACUUACAAUGCUUUCAUCUCGCCUUUCACCCCAAAAGCGGUAAAAAUUAGGGUUCUUCUUCAAUUUUACCUCUCUGUCCAGUCUCCAAAGCAACAUCAGCAGACAUGAGCUCCUCCAGUUCCUCCAAUCGUCAAUCAAACUCACAAAGAACAGUUGGGAUCCCAACCCGUUGCUGGUGUGGAGCAAAUCUGACCACCUACGGAGCCCAGACAAAAGAGAACAAAUUCCGUAGGUUUUACCGUUGCGUUGUCGCUCUACAGGUAUGUAAUUCUAAUUCAGUAACAACAUUUCAAUUCUCAAAUACUAAACGGCGUAAAAGACAAAAUUGCAUUCACAGCGUAAAAACGAACAACACUUGUUCAAAUGGAUCGACGAAGCUAUCAUAGACGAGAUAGACAAGGUUGACGGCAAAUGUACCAGACUUUAUGCAGAUCUCGAAGAUGUCAAGCGUUCAAUAGACAAGCGUCUCGAUCUACAGGACAGAUACAUUCAAGACCUCACUGCCACUCUCAGCGACUUCCGGACUUCAUCAGGAGUAAAUCCAAACAACGACAUGAUGGAAGCCUCUGACGAACUCCGCCCUACAAAUACUCAAUCAGCUCUGCUCAACAUUGCUGGUGCUGCAAUCGCUUUACUAACCAUGACAUGGGUCUACUCCAAACUCAGUAACUAGUACUAACAUUAUAUCUCAUUUGCUCCCACUGUAACAUCCACUGCGCCUAUAAUCUAGGAUGAUUAUGCUAUGUAUUUUGAAUCACUUUUAAUGAUGCUUUAUGUUGGUUUUAAUGUUUAAAGAGAAGGAUCGUAUCAGGAUAAAACAGUUUGACAUUUUGCUUUAACGAACUAGCUUUGUUCUGUGUGUUCUGUAUUAGUCACUUCUCUAUCGUAGUCAAUAUAACAAACUAGCAAAGUUGUCCAUGAUUGAGAUCAAAAAAUAGCAAGGUCCAUCCAUAAAAAUAGCAAGAAACGCCACAAAUAAGAUUAACAGAAAGUCUUUCAAAUAUCAUCCAUAAAAUAAGUUAUCCACGAACACAAUUCCGUACUGAGUUCUGUGUUCACAUACUCAAAAUGAUAAACAUUACCAAACGUUCCUCAUAGAUUAGAGUUUAAUCGGGAGUUCAAUUGCAUCAUAUGAACCCAUAAAUGGAUGCAAGAAUACAAUGGAGCACCCGAUUACAUCAAACUCAAUUCGUACUACAAAAUAGCAUUCUUUAAAAUAAAUCCCCUCAAAGCUACACUCUAGCUUCAAAAAAUCCCAAUUCAAGCUCCACUAUAGCUUCAAAAAAAAAUCAGUACUCCAAAUACUGUCCUAUAUAGGAGCGGUGCACCUAGUGCGGUUGUGCCCAUAGCCCCUGCACCUUCCACAUUGGUUUCCCCCUUCUUUUCCCUUCUUCACGACCUGCAUCCCACCAUAAAAAUGCACUUAUAAAUAACUCUUCAAACCAUACUUCAAUCAUCAGUACUAAUGCAAAACGCAGAACAUACUACGACAUUAUGAAUGAACUUCAAAAGCAAAUAUUGAAUCUUGCAUCUAUAAUCACACAAAACAUCUACCCAUUAAAAGUUCAAUAAAACUAACCGGCAUCUCCCCCGUGGAUGGGAUACGGACUUUGCGACGUCUCCCAGGAAGCCUCUUCGUGUUCGGAGGGUAAAGAACCAUACUUGUUACUUCCUCUGGAAUGUCUACAUCUCUCGGAUCACCCUCAGGGUAUAUAACCCCAGCAUACGUCUUCCUCCAUGUGCUCGUUUUGUACCAAUGCCCACACAAUGUGGGAUAGGAUACACCGAGCCUGUCAGCAGCAAGCAUUGCAUGCCCACAAGGGAUUUUGAUAUUAUCAAAAUACUUGCACGUACAUUUCCUCUCCAAAAGCAUCACUGUGUCUGUUCCACUAAACUUUCCAUCAAUUGAACAGCUCCAGGUGUUAACGUUGUUAAUCUUACUGCCCCGCACAGUAGCCAUGUUAAUCGUCAUCUGCUUGUCCACCUCCACAGUUACCAAUCCUCUAUGCUUCUCAGCCUUCUUCCUCCGAGCACUGAACCAUCUAGUCAUCAUUCUCUGAAUGAACCUGAUCAAGUCUGUGAUUGGGGCACUCCUACCUUCCACCAAUGCAUUAUUAAGUUGUUCCGCUAUGUUGCUGGUCAUGAUAUUAUAUCUAUCACCCGGGAAGUUAACCCUUGACCAAUGAGCUGUUCCAAUCUUCCCCAAAUAGCUCCCACAUGCACUGUUAGUUGCCCGAAUCUUGGCAUACAGAUCUUUGUACUCACGUGGCCUAUGCGCCAUUGCUGCAGACGUCACCAACUUGGCCAAAUGCUUACUGGAAUACCGUGAGUUCACAUUCCUAGCCAAAUGCACAAUGCAUGCUCCAUGUUUAGCUUGUGGGUAGAUUUUCUUGACGGAAUUUGCGAUGGAAACAGACCUAUCAGAUAUAAUUGAGAGACUUGGCGAGUCACUUAAAAUCCUUUCCACCUUCUGCAAGAACCAUGUCCAUGCAUCCUCAUUCUCACAGUCUACGACAGCAAAUGCAAGUGGGAAAAUCUGAAAGUUUCCGUCUUGACCACUUGCGGUUAGAAGCACACCCUUGUACUUCCCACUAAGGUGUGUACCAUCAAUCACCAGCACAUGACGCAGUUUAGUGAAACCACUCAACGAGGCCCCAAAAGCAAGGAACAAAUAGAGAAACCUCUCAUCACCGUCUUCGUCAAGAUCAGUCUCCAAGUCAGCAAUUGUCCCGGGGUUCGCUAGCUUCAACAUAUACAAAUACUCAGGGAGUUUCAGGAAGGAUUGCUCAUCAGUCCCAUGGAUGUCAAAUACAGCCUUCUCUUUAGCUCGGUAGCACUUCAUGUAUGAUGCGUCCACACGCAACUCCUCAAGAACAAGCCUCUGUAAAUCUCUAGGUAUUGGAGCACGGGCAGGGUCUCCAAAUUUGGCUUUGUAAACGGCAGCUAUCACACGUGAUGUGGCUUUGUUCUUGUAUCCCAUCCUUGAUUCAAUAGGGCAGAUAUGUUCAAGCUGAGCCUUCCUGAUUUCAUAGUAUCCACAUCCCUUAAUCUCAUGGGCUGUUACCCUCCAAUCACACCUCUCGUCUGGGCAAUCAACAACAAAGGAAUCAACCUUUGUCCUAGUUUGGGUGAACUUGAAUUGGUUUUUGAUAGCAUAUAUAGCCAACGCAAUUUGACAAUCGUCUUUACACCCAAAAACCUUUCCAACCUCUAUCUUCCCAUCCGACUCAUGAACAUCCAUAUCAGGGAUUUCUGCAGCCUCAUACUCAGUAUCAUCAAACAUUGGUGCAAUAUCAAAUUCUUCAUCAUCGAUAUCUUCAAGUUUACGUGAGCACGGUUUUGGUCCACUGACACCUUCCCUCUCUGGUCUCCUCCCACCUGCCCACGGAUUGCAAUCCUCUAAAGUCGGCUCCUUUCUAGGCGUAGGCCCGCCACUUCCCUCACCAACCUCCCUAACAGGCUUAGGGAUACCUUCAAAUGUACGUGGACCUUUUUUCUUCCGCAAACCGUCCACAAUUUCAUCCUCGUUGAAUACGGCAUUCACAGCACCUGAACCGCCAUAAUCACCAGCAAGCAAGGGACUCCAGAAGUCCUGGUCGUAACCACGUGGCCUAACAUCAAGCUCUUCGAAAACCUGGUGAGGCUCACUUCCACCUUCAUUGAAGCUCACACCGCUAUCCUCGUCAUACCUACUGCCACCUCUCACGCUGUCACUCUUAAGUUUUUCUUCUGCUGCUACAAACUCACGGAUAAAUUCUUCUUCUUCCAAAUUGAUUAUUUUUGUCUUCGAAGCAGCUGAGGAAACAGACGGUCUCUUUCGUACACCCGAAGCAGAGCGAUUCUUGUUAACUCCGGGAGUAACAAAACCCAUUCCGGUAUCAUCCACAAACUCAACUGCCGACUCUACCGUCACUGCUUCAAAACGAGCAAACAAAUUCAUGCCGCCGUUCACUCUCAGGUGUUUGCAGAAAUAACCAACUGACCCAUCACUGGUUAAGAGAACAGGGGGCGUCCUUAUUCCAGUUGCUAGCUCAAUAGUCGUUGGAGGCCAGUAGCUCAGAGAGACACGGAAGCAUCUGUCAUCUACCUUGAACUCACUCAGAACGUUAGUCUCAAGCUCUUUGUAACCAAUACCGUCGUAAACGGAUACCAUUCUUGCCAUCUGAUUCUUCUCAAUGACGAAAUCCCACCUCCCAGAGUCGCCACAAACCCACUCACCACUUAUCACCAUACAUUGGUCUUCCAUCUAAAAUUAUAGAAAACAAAACAGAGUACAAACAAAAGAAGCUAAGAAACAUAAUUCAUGUGAAAUUCAAGUUAAGAAUCUGAUUAAAAACAAAAAAAGUUUAUCACCUCCACAAACCCUACCACACUGAUUCCUUGCUGACCUAAAAAAAAAUUAAAGAAAAGUCCAUACCAUCUCCACAAAACCUUGCAAACCCACGUCUGAAAACCUAGGAGCUAUAUCCACCGUUCGUUUAUUUUAAACUUGUUAAAUCUAACGGCUUCUUAUUGACACACUGUCCCAUACACCUACCUUAAUAACUUCAGCAAGUUACAACUCUUAACUAAAUUGCAAAUUCCAUUACACAUGCCUAACUAAAUAAUAAAAAACGCAAACUCGGUUGUUGUCUCCCAUCCGCAAACCAGGGACAUUUUGGUCAAAAAAACCGGUUGGGAAACGUGAAAGUGUGUGUGAAGCACAUUGUGUCUUAAGUUGUUAAAAAACUGGCGAAAGUGUCUUAAAGAGUUAACAACUCUAAUAUUAGUAUGUUUUUGGGGGAUUUUAAAUAUUUUAAAUGUGGUUUGGGUUUCUUCUUCUAUGUUUUUAAAUUUAUGGACCCUUUAUUUAGGGUUUGGUUUAUAUAUUGUACUAUAAUUAAGACAUUUUCUGGUCUUGAUUAAUGAUAUAGGUUAUGUAAAGAGUUUGGGUUUGUAUCAGUAGAGUGGAAUCAAGAAGAUUUUAUUUCAUUA